AUGGCGAACAAGGAGCAUGAUGUCGACGCUGGGUGCACCUCCAGGUGGUCCUUGAGUUUCACUCGCUCCUGCCCGAGUUCCCCCAUCUCCCGCCGAAAUACGAUCUUUUCACGCCCCGUCACACCCCUCGCCCGUCCGGCCACGGCCUUCUCACGCCCGAUCACAACCCUCUUCCGCCAGACCACUUCCUCUUUCAGGCAAUCUACCCUGUUCGGAGACGACCUGGCCACACCCUCUUCCCGGCCAUUGACCCCGUUUGGAGACGGCCCGGCCACGCCCUCUUCCAGGCCAUUGACCCCGCUUCGAGAAGACCCGGCCACACCCUCUUCCAGGCCAUUGACCCCGUUUGGAGACGACCCGCCCACCGUCACCCCUCAACGAACCUCCAGCCUCCGUAUCGUCCGCCAACCUCUCCCCGUCCUGCGCAGGACCCAGUCAGCACCGACGGAGAGUUCCCGAAAGGGCGCACAGGCGAGGAUCACAAAGCAAGAGAGGGCGUCUGAAAAGGCUCGGUUCCUUCUGGCAGCCGCCGAGCUCGACAUGGAGUUCGACUCGGAGGAUGAGUCUGAAAUCGACGAUACCUGGGACUUCAAGUGCAUCGGCCUCGAUCAUCACGCAAUGGCGCCCGAGGAGUGGAUAGGGAUGCCGUAUAACAGGGACGAAACUUGA